GAUACAACUCUAACACGUGGAAGUCGAAUCUUAGCGAUGGCAGACGAAGGCGAACUACCUACCUUCGAAGGCGAAGGACCUAUCAGAUACGUUCCGUGCUGGAAUUUGCACAAAGAUGAAUUUGUGAUUCUGAAGAAACGUCCCUGCAAAAUCAUCGAAACGUCCAGCACAGGAUUUCCUGUAGACUCUUCAUCGAAAGUCCACCUGGUGGGCGUCGAUUUCUUCACCCAGGAAAAGUACGAGGAUACUUUUCCCGCCACCGAAAUUGUGGAGGUGCCGGUUGUGAAGCGCGAGGACUACCACCUAAUUUCUAUCGGUGACGAUGGAUUUGUUACCCUGCAGUCAGAACGCGGAGACCUACGGGAGGACCUCAAGCUGCCCGAGGGUGAGCUGGGCGGAAACUGGUGUUCAGAGCUUGAAAAGGGCGAGGACAUCUUGGUUACCGUUCAGUUGGCUGGCGAACUGGGGCAGAUCAUUGACAUAAAGGUUGGUAGUUUUGAAGAAAUUAAAGAGGAAUAA